UACAUGGGGAAAUUUAGGCGCCGGGUUUGUUUUGGUUUCCUCUCAUUUUGGCUUGGAUUUCGGACUUCGGAAGUUCGGAGCAAAAUUCUUUCUUGUCUGAUCAGCCCUGGUUUAAAUUUAUUCUUCCAAUUAAAGCAAAAGAAAAAAAGAAAAGGGGAUACUGAGCUUAACCCUGACAUCUCUGAUAUUGAUCUGGGGUCAGGGUUUUGCAAAUUUGGUUGAGAAAAUGUCGAGAAUGGCGCGGAGUUGCCUGCAAUCCGUCCUGAAAAUAGUGAAUUCGGGAAUUGGAAUGGUGGGGAUAGCUACGAUUUUGUAUUCCCUUUGGAUGUUUAUGACUUGGCGAAGGCACUUGGGUCCUAAUCCUCCUGAUGUACCUACCCCUUGGUUCAUCUACUCCUUUCUUCUCAUUGGGGUGACUUUGUGUGUUGUGACAUGCUCAGGGCACAUUGCUGCUGAGACUGCUAAUGGUUGCUGUCUUUGUUUUUACAUGAUAUUUGUCUUUCUGCUUAUCAUGGUUGAAGCUGCAGUAGCUGUGGAUGUGAUUCUAAAUCGCAACUGGGAGGAGGACUUUCCAGAUGACCCAACAGGGAAUUUUAACGAGUUCAAAGAUUUUGUGAGAGAAAAUUUUGAAACGUGCAAAUGGGUUGGCGUGGUUGUAGUUGCUGUGCAGGGUGUAAGUAUGCUACUGGCAAUGAUUCUAAAAGCCUUAGGACCAUAUCCUGAGAGAUACUAUGAGAGUGAUGAUGAUUAUAGUCCAGAUAGAGUCCCUCUCUUGAAGCAUUAUGCCCCUCCGCCUUCAUACGUUGUUGCUGACACACUUCAUCCAUCAAGGAAUGAUUCUUGGAAUGUCAGGAUCAACAGUAAGGGAAACAGAUAAAUUCUCUUUUGAAUGAAGAGAUACAACAAUGUGAUGAAGAGGAUUAGGAUCUGUACAAUUGUCCUGAUACUGUACAUAAACCUGUUGAACUCAUUCAUAGGAAAUACAAACCCUUAUUUAUGGUUUUCAACCUGUAAGCCACUUCUGCAAAAGUUCGUGAACUAAAAAGUAGAGAUCACUGUAACUUUUUCAUUGAAGAUACAUUAUUGCAUUUUUGAGUAGUUGCGGAGUAUUAUACAGACGUUUCUUGAUAAGUAACUCUUUUUGAAUUUGAUGCUG